AUGGACUGGAGCAGUUCCACUUCCAUUGGAUUGCUGUUCAUGCUGAUUCUUCUAUCCAUUUUGAAAAUGGGAGGUUUCUGGAAUAGCCAUGGGAGGAAGAAGCUUCCUCCAGGACCCAGAGCAUUACCUAUCAUUGGAAACCUGCACCUCUUCGAUCUGAAGAGACCCUACAGGACUUACAUACAGCUGGCAGAAGUAUAUGGUCCAGUCUUCAGCGUUCAGAUGGGCCAAAGGAAAGUAGUAGUGAUUUCUGGGUACGAGACAGUGAAGGAAGCUCUCGUGAACCAGGCAGAUGCAUUUUCAGAGAGACCCAAAAUCCCCAUCUUUGAGGACUUGACUGGAGGAAAUGGGAUUGUUUUUGCUCAUGGUGAAAACUGGAAGGUGAUGCGAAGGUUUACUCUCACAACCUUACGAGACUUUGGAAUGGGGAAGAAGGCCAUUGAGGACCGCAUCGUGGAGGAGUAUGGCUACCUGGCUGACAGGAUCGGGUCACAAGAAGGGAAGCCCUUUGACGCCAGUAAAAUGCUUAAUGCAGCAGUUGCCAACAUAAUUGUGUCAAUACUGCUCGGGAAACGGUUUGACUACAGAGACUCCAGGUUUCUGAGGCUCCAGCACCUGACCAACGAGAGCAUGAGGCUGGCUGGGAAACCCCUGGUUACGUUAUACAACAUAUUCCCACAGCUUGGAUUUCUCCUCAGAGCUAACAAGACUCUUCUCCAAAACAGAAAUGAAUUCCAUGCUUUUGUAGAAACAACUUUCUUAGAGUACCUCAAGAUCCUGGACAAAAAUGAUCAAAGAAGUUUCAUCGAUGCUUUCCUGGUGAAACAGCAGGAGGAGACAGCCACUACCAACGGGCACUUCCAUAACGGCAACUUGCUAAGCUUGGUGAGCAAUCUGUUUACUGCCGGGGUUGAGACCAUUACUACCACACUAAACUGGGGCUUUCUGCUGAUGCUAAAGUACCCUGAAAUCCAGAGAAAGGUCCAAGAGGAGAUAGAAGAAGUGAUAGGCUCCAACCCGCCACGGAUCGAGCACAGGACUCAAAUGCCCUACACGGAUGCUGUCAUCCAUGAAAUUCAGAGGUUUGCCAAUAUCCUGCCACUGGACCUGCCUCAUGAGACUGCUGCAGAUGUGACCCUCAAAGGCUACUUCAUUCCCAAGGGCACCUACAUCGUUCCUUUACUGGCCUCUGUCCUGCAAGAUAAAUCCCAGUGGGAGAAACCAGACAGCUUCUAUCCUGAGCACUUUCUUGAUGCCAGCGGGAAGUUUGUGAAGAAAGAGGCUUUCAUGCCUUUUUCAGCAGGGCGUCGAAUCUGUGCUGGAGAGACUCUUGCCAAAAUGGAGCUCUUCCUCUUCUUCACCAGUCUCCUGCAGAGGUUCACCUUCCACCCUCCCCCCGGCGUCGCCAGCUCAGACCUGGACCUCAGCCCCGCUAUUUCCUUUAAUGUCAUCCCCAAACCCUACAAAAUGUGUGCUGUAAAGCGUUUCUAGAGCCUGAGUAAGCAUCACUUUCUCACGACAGCUCCCUUCUGAAUUCUUUGGCCAACACAAUUCACAACAUUGCCUUAAUAAAGCUUUCUAGUACUUCAUGGAAUCAUAUUUCCAAGCCAAAACCUGGAUGACCUUGGUAAACAGAGCGUGCACUCGUAGCAAAAUAGC